AUGGACUAUAUUCUGGAUGCAGCUCGUAUCAAAUCAUUGCCUGGAGAUGCUUUUUACAUAUCACAUUUCAUAACUGAAGAAGAGGAAGCCUCGCUACUGCAAAAGGUAGUAUCGACGCCUCUUCCGCGCUGGACUCAACUUUCUCACCGUCGGCUACAAACAUGGCCAUCGGCACUUACCAAAACCAACACACUUAUCAAGUCACCCCUGCCAUCUUGGCUGGUAUCACCUAUCAUUAAUCCCCGAUUCCAGGCAUUGAGGAUUUUCGAUGAUGCUCCACAUAGCGUACCCAACCAUGUCCUAGUGAAUGAGUACCACCCGGGGCAAGGAAUCAUGCCACACGAAGAUGGGUCAGCAUAUUACCCGCUGGUGGCAACAGUGAGCCUGGGUGCAUCUAUUGUGCUUGAUUUGUACGAGAACAGCCAAGCCAGUAAGAAUGAUGAGAAAGUGCGACAAACUCCAAAAGCAAGACCCGAUUUCAGAAUCCUACAGGAAAGACGAAGCCUGCUUGUUACGAGGGGCUCGAUUUAUACAAAUUUCCUGCACGGGAUAGCGGAGACUUGCCAGGAUGAAGAUUUGGGACCUGCCACUAUCUGUAAUUGGGACUUGUUGUGCGAGACGGAUCGAUAUAUUGGCGGUUAUUACCAGCGGGAGACGAGGAUUAGCUUGACAUAUCGUGAUGUGUUGAGAGUUGCGAAUAUUGGUAACGCGAUACAGUUUUUGGGACUAAAAUAG